AUGAAUGUGUCAUGUAUUCAUUCAGAUGGUUUCAUUUAUAAUAACGAAAUUUUAUUUUAUUUGAUCAAACAAAAUAAUGAAGAAAUUUAUUAUAUUUUAGAAAAAAAUAAAAAUUUAGUUAAUUCGAAAGAUGAAAAUGGAAAUAGUCUACUUCAUUGGGCGGUUUUUCUGAACAACGUUUAUUUGGUCUACUACUUAUUAGAAAACGACGCCGAUCCAAAUAUAAAAUCCAACAAUAAUCAAACCCCAGUUUUUUGGGCAGUUAGCUCAAAUAACAUUUUUAUGAUUUAUUUAUUGAAAAAAUAUAAAUGCAAUUUAUAUGAAGUAGAUAAUAAGGGAUACAACUGCUUAACAAUAAGUAUACAAUAUAAUUAUCUUUUACCCUUUUUAUAUUUAAUAAAUUUAAAAUUACCAUUAACAUGUAAAGAUUUUGAUAACUGUUCUAUUAUUGAUUGGGCUUCAUAUAACAAUAACAUUUUUUUUCUCCGUCUUUUUUCAAUAUUCGUGAAUAAUUUAUACUUAAUUAAUUUUGAGAAACCUGGUUCUAUACUACAAAAAGCAAUAAUUGGAAAUGCAUUCGAAUCAGUUGUUUAUUUAAUCACAAAUCGCCAUCAAAAUAUUUAUGAUAUAUCAACGGAUGACAAUAAAAACAUCAUUGAAUUUAUCGAAGAAUAUAAGGAUAAAAUAGAUCCAAGAAUCUACACAUUUCUUAAGUCUAAACAAAUAGGAGAAUUGUGCAAACAAAACAGAAAAACAAAUUUUGAUGCUUUAUAUGAGUAUAAUGGACAUAUAGGCCCUUACUUAAUUAGAAAAAAAAAAAAUUUAUCAAUUAUUCAGAACGUCCUGUUAAAAUACAGCCAAAAUAAAGCUCUCAUUAUAUAUCCUCUCCUCGUAGUUUUGGCAUAUACUUAUCUCAAUAUUGUUUACUACUUUUACGUACGAAUGCAUACGAAACAUAAAAAUUUAUUUUUAGAUUUAUUUCAUCCCUUAUUAUUUGUCAUUUACUAUUUUGUCGUUUCAAGUAAUCCCGGAUAUUUAGAUGAUUCAAAACUUGGCAUAUUGGGUGAAAAUAGUUCAAAAGAAAAUGAAAUAAAACAAAAAAAAAAAUAUUUAAAGGAUGGACAUAAUAAGAUGAAUAUAGAACAAGAAAAUACGGAUAAACAAAAUUUAACAUUUCAAUAUAUUAUAAAAAAUAUUGAAGAAGAAAUAAAAGCAUAUGAAAUGAAAUAUAAAUUAAAUGAAUUCAGUAAAGGUAUUAAAUCGAAAAAUAUUUUUGAAUUAAAAAACAAUCUUAAUAUAAAAUGGAAAAUAAAUAAAUUUGAAAUUUCAACAUUUAAUAUUAAUUUAUUAUGUCCAACUUGUUUCCUUUUUAAAAAUGUAAGAACAAAACAUUGUGCCUUUUGUGAUAAAUGCAUUGAUAUAUUUGAUCAUCAUUGUAUAUUCACAUUAAAUUGUAUGGGCAUAGAUAAUGCGAGAAUAUUUCUUAGCUGGAUAUUAUCAAAUAUUUUAUUUUCGAUAUAUAAUUUAUAUUUUUAUUUAUUAUUUAUUAUAAAAAUAAAAUUUAAUUAUCAUAAUAUAUAUUUUUAUAUAUGUCUAUCUGUUUUAACAAUUUCACUAUUAUUUAUAUAUUUUAUGGGAACAGUUUUUCUAAGAUCUGUUUUUAAUAUAUUAGAAAAUAUCACAUUAAAUGAAAAAAUUAAAUUAUAUUCCUCGAAAAAAUUUUUUACUUACGAAUUAAAAAUUGGAGAAAAUAAUGAGCCCAUUGUUGUAAGAAAAUUUAAAAAUCCAUUUGAUCGUGGUGUUUAUAAGAAUGUAUUAAAUUUUUUGAAAAAAUCCAAAAAUGAAUUAACUCAAAACCAAAAGAAAUUUAUUGAAAUUGAUGAAAAUAUACAAAGCGACCAAGUAAGACAGUUUGUAGAAGGGUUAAAUAAAAAGCUAGGCCAAUUUUAUGAGAAACAUGAUUAA